AAAAUAAAAAAAGAAAAGAAAAGAAAAAAAGAGCCAGAGAAAAAACUACUCCUUCCCUCCUGUCGUUUUCUCCAGUCUACUGGUCGUCCACUCCUACUGGCUAGUUACUGCCGCAGCGCGCGCUUCCAUCCUCGCGCGCUCACUUUCAAUGGCGGCAAAACCCUCAGUCGCCAAUUGUUGAUCACCUUUCUUUUUCAAUCGCUGCGGCUAAGCCCCUUCCAUACUUUCACACAUCGUGCUCGUCUGUAAUUUCUCUCGCGUAGCUUGUGAAAAAAGAUAUAUAUUCCCACAAAUGGGACUCCAAAGUCAAGUAGAGAAAGCCAAAAGUCUCAUUAGGAGCAGGCUCUGUAACCCUAAUUUCAUCUUCAAGCCUCUCUCAGAAUCUCCAGACAGCAAUUACAGCAAGUUGAAGUUUAUAAUAUCGAGUUCAAUCACAGAGGCAUGCAACAAUUCAAUUCUGCUUGUUGGUCCAUGUGGUUCUGGAAAAAAUGCAGUGUUGGAGCUUGUUCUCAAUGAUUUAUUGCAAGAACAUCCUGACAUGAUAUCUAUGAUCAGAUUGAAUGGGCUAUUGCAUAGUGAAGAAAAUUGUGCCUUUAAGGAAAUUGCCAGACAACUAUGCCUGGAGCAUCACUUAUUGUUCUCAAAAAUGGCAUCAUUCGAUGAUAACUCUCAGUUCAUGAUAGCCAUGCUACGGGAGUGUGGAUUAGCACAUAGAACAAUUAUUUUUAUACUAGAUGAGUUUGACCUUUUUGCUCAGGGAAAACAACGUUUACUUUAUAGCUUACUUGAUGCAAUGCAUUCAGUAACUUCACAAGCAGUUGUUAUUGGUGUGAGUUGCCGACUGGAUGUUGAUCAGCUUUUGGAAAAAAGAGUAAGAUCCCGUUUUUCACAUAGGAAGCUAUUGUUUCUUCCUCCAUCUGAGGAAGAUGUUCAAAGAUUGUUGGAGCAUGUGUUAAAUUUGCCAAUGGACUCAAGUUUUCCUCAUGACUAUGCUGCUCAAUUCAAUGGAAAGCUUCAAAAUAUUUUAGCAGACGAGAGAUUUAGAGGAAUCAUUACUAGUUAUUUAAACUCCCAUCCUACCGUCAACCAUUUAUUGAGGUUUCUAUUUACUGUCAUAUCUUUUUGGGAAUCAAAGUCUGGCUUCCUCUCACUUGAGAACUUUAAAACUGCACUUUCAAGCAUCCAAAGGCAGCCAAAGCAGGAAUGCAUAAAAGAUUGCUCUAUAUUAGAACUCUACAUUCUUGUAUGCAUGAAGAGGUUGGAAGUUAAAGAGCAAAAUUCAUAUAACUUCAAUUCUGUAAUGAAAGAGUACAAGAGCAUUCAUGACUCAUUCCAGACAUCUGAUUAUUAUGCACGAAAUGUAUGCUUAAGGGCAUUUGAACGGCUAAUACAACGUGAACUAAUUUGUUUCAUGGACAACCGAGCCCACAACCAAUCUCUUGAAUUUCGUCCUGUGAAACUUCUGGUUUCAUAUGCCGAACUACAAGAGGGGCUGAAAUCAUACCGUUCCUGUCCUAGCAUUCUUCAAAAAUUAAUGGACCGUUGAAGACGGAAGAACAGGACAGACAACAUGGAAUCUGUAGUCAAUUUGUGGGGUUUUUUACUAGGGUAUUGCAGAAGUCAUCUCUGUGACUUAAUCAAUUUUUCUGGCAAUAGGAAGAACUUAAUCACUGUUGUGUUAUGACCACCUUCCAUAUUUAAAAUUAUUACUAUUAUUCCUUGUACCUC